AUGCAUCUUAUGUACACUCUCGACAAAGAUGGCAAGCGCAUCUAUACGCUUAAGAAGGUUCUGAGCGGCGAGGUCACCAAGUCCGCACACCCUGCACGAUUCUCCCCGGAUGACAAGUACUCGAGACACCGAGUCACUUUGAAGAAGCGUUACGGUCUCCUCCUCACACAACAGCCUGACAAGGUGGCUGCUAAGAUGUAA